CACGGACCCCAAAGCGCUUGGGCUUCCAGAGAGGACUGAACGGCGGGGAGUAUGGCGGUUGCCAGCGAGUCUCUGGGCCUCUUGGUCUCCGAGCUGUACGACGUGCAGGCGUUCAAGUUCGGGAGCUUUGUGCUGAAGAGCGGGCUCACCUCCCCAGUCUACAUCGACCUGCGGGGCAUCGUGUCCCGCCCGCGUCUUCUGAGUCAGGUCGCAGACAUCUUAUUCCAAACUGCAAAAAAUGCGGAGAUCAGUUUUGACAGUGUGUGUGGCGUUCCUUACACAGCGUUGCCACUAGCUACGGUUAUCUGUUCAACCAAUCACAUUCCCAUGCUCAUUAGAAGGAAGGAAACGAAGGAUUACGGUACCAAGCGUCUUGUAGAAGGAGAGAUUAAUCCAGGGCAAACCUGUCUGAUCAUUGAGGAUGUCGUCACCAGUGGGGCCAGUGUUUUGGAAACGGUUGAAGUUCUUCAGAAGGAGGGCCUGAAGGUGACUGAUGCCAUCGUGCUGUUAGACCGCGAGCAGGGAGGCAAGGACAAGCUGCAGGCCCAGGGGAUCCGUCUCCAUUCCGUGUGCACAUUGUCCAAAAUGCUGGCGAUCCUCGAGCAGCAGAAAAAAAUCGAUGCCGAGAUGGUCGGGAGAGUGAAGAGGUUCAUCCAGGAGAAUGUUUUCCCAGCAGCUCAUCAGAAUGGUGUCCCCCCUCCUGAGAAGAAAGCAUGCAAAGAACUGAGCUUUGGUGCACGAGCGGAGCUGCCCGGAGUCCACCCACUUGCCUCGAAACUUCUCAGGCUCAUGCAGAAGAAGGAGAGCAACCUGUGUCUGUCUGCUGAUGUCUCAGAGGCCAGAGAGCUGCUGCAGCUAGCAGAUGCCUUGGGACCCAGCAUCUGCAUGCUCAAAACUCACGUCGAUAUUCUGAAUGAUUUUACUCUGGAUGUGAUGGAGGAGUUGGUAGCUCUGGCAAAACGCCACGAGUUCUUAAUAUUUGAAGAUAGGAAAUUCGCUGAUAUAGGAAACACAGUGAAAAAGCAGUAUGAAGGUGGCAUCUUUAAAAUAGCUUCCUGGGCAGAUCUGGUAAAUGCCCAUGUGGUCCCCGGCUCGGGAGUUGUGAGAGGCUUGCAGGAAGUGGGCCUGCCUUUACAUCGAGCGUGCCUGCUCAUCGCAGAGAUGAGCUCUGCUGGCUCCUUGGCCACUGGAAACUACACCAAAGCAGCAGUUGGGAUGGCCGAGGAGCACUCUGGAUUUGUGAUUGGCUUUAUUUCCGGCUCCCGAGUAAGCAUGAGACCAGAGUUUCUUCACUUGACCCCAGGAGUUCAGUUGGAAACAGGAGGAGAUCACCUCGGCCAACAGUACAAUAGUCCUCAAGAAGUGAUUGGCAAACGGGGUUCUGAUGUCAUCAUUGUAGGCCGGGGAAUCCUUGCAGCAUCUAACCGCCUGGAAGCAGCUGAGAUGUACAGAAAAGCUGCCUGGGAAGCUUAUUUGAGUAGGCUUGCUGUUUAAUGAGAAGACACGUGCCUCCCCAGUCACUGGCUUUAAAGCAACAGUACCCUGCAGUGCUCAGGGUCCUGCACUGAACCAUUAAGGGACAGACUCUGGAGCCCUGGUGUCCUGAACGUGUAACCACUGCAUUGGUACUGUAACGAACUCUUUCUAAAGCUUGCUUUCAUUGGUGUUGUUCGGCAGCCACCACCUUUCUGAGUCCCCUCGUCUCAGUCACAUCCAACGUUAGCUAGCCACCUACCUCCUUCAGUGCCAUGAAGCUGGACCCUUGAACAGAGCAGGAGUUCUGGUUCGUUCUCCUCAAUGAUCAGUGUAGAAAGUCACGGCUUCCUCCUGAUCCGUCUGGACGGCAGCCCGCUGCAUCGAAGAACACAGUAACACCAGUUCCGCUCGCAUUCCUGUGUUUGCCCGUAGUGAUGGCUCAGCGGUUAAGAGCACUGUUGCUCUUCCAGAGCAGCAGCAUUGGCUUCCCAGCACCCACCUGGGGACCCACAACCAUCUGCGACUCCAGUUCCUCUUCUAACUUCCUCAGGCUACAGCUCCACCUAAAAUAUAUAUGAACUUUAUUUUAAAGUAAUCUUGACCAGUGCUUCAAAAGGGAGAAUUUUUUUCUGCCCACUGCAAGUGGAAUUCACAUCCCCCCUCAAACUUGAGCCAUCUUCCCCUUUGGUUCACGUUCUUCCCAAGGAACCUUCACACCCCUGCCCGCAGUGCUUUGUUCUUACUGCUGCCCAAGGCAAGCUCCUUUAGAAUUCGGCAGAUAGCUGUAUGUCGAUAGUCCAGCCUUGAGAAGACCGGUGUGUAUCAGAUGGAAUGGUCUGAGUGGGUCCAUAUACUAACCAUGUAGCCUGCUAACUUUUUAAUUUAUUUAUUAUGUAUACAGGGUUCUGCCUGCAUGUGUGCCUACAGGCCAAAAGAGGGCACCAGAUCUCAGUAUAGAUGGUUGUGAGCCACCAUGUGGUCACUGGGAAUUGAACUCAGGACUUCCAGAAGAGCAGGCAGCACUCUUAACCCCUAAGCCAUCUCUCCAGCCCGCUAACUUCCUGUCAGUACAGCACCCUGUAGUCUGCAUGUCUAUAACAAGAUUAGCAGCUGCCCCUUACUCAGCAAGCGUGCGACCUCUAGUAGUGGAAUCCAGGCAGUUAAAGCAAGUGCUGGAGGGAGGUCUGAUAGCAGCGGUAUCCCAUCACAUAAAGAUAGAGCCAUGGGUCUUAGGGCAAUCUGUACUGAUGGCUGAGAAACACUGUCAGUAUCUAAGAAAACACCCCUUCUAGGCGUUAGCUUAGCCGUACUCUCCAACGGCUGUGUGGCUCCAGGAGUCCAAAGAGACUCUUCAGUUUUAAGGUGCAAACCUAAAUUGAGGCCCUGAGGUUUCAGGUCCACACCUACACAUGGUUCUAGAGCAAUCUUCCAGUUCAUUUCUAGAAAACCAGGUCUUCAGGGAAGGGGUCAGAAGGGAAAAUAUGUGUUAACAUAAUGCAUUAAAGCCCUGCACUAUUAAUUCACAUCAGCCUUUUGGGAAAUAGGAAGCAUAAGGUCCUCUUGAGGACAAGACUUCCUGGAUUGAUCCACCCAUUAAACUAACUACAGUACCUUUGGCCAAGUCAGUCCGUCUUAAAAUUCAGUUAAAAUGCUGUCAGUUUUUCCAGAUGACUCAGCCUUGUCACUCCAGCACCCUGUUGAAUGGUUACAUAAUUUACCUAAGAAAAUGCUUUGUCACUGGAGAUGUCUCCAUGUUUAUUCCAUAAAGAUGUUCCCCAGCGGCCUCUUGCUUGGCAUGUAAGCAGAAACUGGACUGUUAGGAGACUGGUCUUUGCCCCUUUCUCCUCUUCCAAUAAACCUCCCACGCAAGCCCUGA